AUGAGGCCAAAAACUGACAGGAAACCGGCAUUUCCAGGAGCUGCUGAGCCGCCCACCUACACCCCGCCCACCAACAUCCCACCCACCAACACCCCGCCCACCUACAACCCACCCACAGACACCCCGCCCACCAACAUCCCACCCACCUACACCCCACCCACAGACACCCCGUCCACCUACACUCCGCCCACCUACACCCCACCCACCAACACCCCGCCCACCAACAAACCCACCCACCAACACUCCGCCCACCUACACCCCACCCACCAACACCCCGCCCACCAACAUCCCACCCACCAACACCCCGCCCACCUACAACCCACCCACAGACACCCCACCCACCAACAGACACCCCGUCCACCUACACUCCGCCCACCUACACCCCACCCACCAACACCCCGCCCACCAACAUCCCACCCACCAACACCCCGCCCACCUACACCCCACCCACAGACACCCCGCCCACCAACAUCCCACCCACCUACACCCCACCCACCUACACCCCGCCCACCAACACCCCACCCACAGAGACCCCAUCCACCUACAUCCCACCCACCUACACCCCACCCACAGACACCCCGUCCACCUACACUCCGCCCUCCUACACCCCACCCACCAACACCCCGCCCACCUACACCCCACCCACAGACACCCCACCCACCAACAUCCCUCCCACCUACACCCCACCCACAGACAUACCGCCCACCAACAUCCUGCCCACCAACAACCCGUACACCUACACACUGCCUACCAACACCCCGCACAUUCAUACCGCCCACCAACACCCCGCCCACAGACACCCCACCCACCAACAUCCCACCCACCUACACCCCACCCACAGACACCCCGUCCACCUACACUCCGCCCACCUACACCCCACCCACCAACACCCCGCCCACCAACAUCCCACCCACCUACACCCCACCCACCUACACCCCACCCACCAACACCCCACCCACAGACACCCCAUCCACCUACAUCCCACCCACCUACACCCCACCCACAGACACCCCGUCCACCUACACUCCGCCCUCCUACACCCCACCCACCUACACCCCGCCCACCUACACCCCGCCCACCUACACCCCGCCCACCGACACCCCACCCACAGACACCCCACCCACAGACACCCCGUCCACCUACACUCCGCCCACCUACACCCCACCCACCAACACCCCGCCCACCAACAUCCCACCCACCUACACCCCACCCACCUACACCCCGCCCACCUACACCCCACCCACCAACACCCCACCCACAGACACCCCAUCCACCUACAUCCCACCCACCUACACCCCACCCACAGACACCCCGUCCACCUACACUCCGCCCUUCUACACCCCACCCACCAACACCCCGCCCACCUACACCCCACCCACAGACACCCCACCCACCAACACCCCGCCCACCUACACCCCACCCACAGACACCCCACCCACCAACAUCCCUCCCACCUACACCCCACCCACCAACAUCCCACCCACCUACACCCCACCCACCUACACCCCGCCCACCUACACCCCACCCACCUACAUCCCACCCACCUACAUCCCACCCACCUACACCCCGUCCACCUACACUCUGCCCACCUACACCCCACCCACCAACAUCCCACCCACAGACACCCCGCCCACCAACAUCCCACCCACCUACACCCCACCCACAGACACCCCGUCCACCUACACUCCGCCCACCUACACCCCACCCACCAACACCCCGCCCACCAACAUCCCACCCACCAACACCCCGCCCACCUACACCCCACCCACCAACACCCCACCCACAGACACCCCACCCACAGACACCCCGCCCACCAACAUCCCACCCACCUACACCCCACCCACCUACACCCCGCCCGCCUACACCCCACCCACCAACACCCCACCCACAGACACCCCAUCCACCUACAUCCCACCCACCUACACCCCACCCACAGACACCCCGUCCACCUACACUCCGCCCUCCUACACCCCACCCACCAACACCCCGCCCACCUACACCCCACCCACCAACAUCCCUCCCACCUACACCCCGCCCACAGACAUACCGCCCACCAACAUCCUGCCCACCAACAACCCGUACACCUACACACUGCCUACCAACACCCCGCACAUUCAUACCGCCCACCAACACCCCGCCCACAGACACCCCACCCACCAACAUCCCACCCACCUACACCCUGCCCACAGACACCCCGCCCACCAACACCCCGCCCACAGACAUCCUGCCCACAGACACCCGGCCACAUUCCACAUCACAAGAUCUGUGGGGUCCCUCGCCUCCUAUCAGUGCCGCAGACUGACCAGUUGUUGCAGCGAUCCCGGACUACGGAGCCGGCAGGGUAGACGGUGCCAUGGAAGUCACAGGGACACUCAGAGGGGUGAACACAAGUCCCGUUCUCAUAGAUCAAACCUGCGUGUGCGAAGGAGGGAAGAAGAGCGAGACAUACGUCACAUAUACCGUGUAUAUACACCUUCCACAUAUACAUCUCACACUCCACUGUAUACAGGAGAUCACCUAUACACAGUAUCGCCCACACGCCCACCCGUGACUCCACACGCCCACCCGUGA